AUGGCUGAUAUGAGUGCAUCGCGUGACUUAUUAUUAUGUCCACUAUCAUUUACAUUAUUUCGUAACCCAGUGGUAGCGCAAGAUGGUCAUACCUAUGAAAGAGCUGCUAUUCAAGAUUGGAUUCGAAGAACUGGUAAAAGUCCGAUUACACAACAACCGUUAUCUAUUGAACAUCUCUAUCCAAAUCAUUUGGUAAAGAAGAUUGUCGACUCUUUCGAAGAGUUAACACGCAAUAAAAAAUAUCAGUUUACACUUGGCAUCGAUAUACGUCAAUCACAUCGACCAUUCUUUCAAACACAAACAAAGUCGAUCUACCGUGCCCAAUGGUUACUAAACAAUGAAAAUUUACCCGAAAUCGUCCUUUUGAAAAUUAAUGGUGCUCAAGCAAAAAAAGAAGCAUCGUUCUAUGUUGAACUCACUCGUCAUCCAAACAUUGUUCGAACAUUUGGUUUUGUCAACGACAAAGGUAGUAAUGAGCAGAGCGGAGCAGUACUCUUAGUACAAGAAUAUGCAUGUAAAGGGAGUUUGUACGAUUUAUUGCAAGAGCAAACAGUGAUUCCCGAUGAAAAAGUCCUUAUUCAAGUCUUUCUACAGAUCAUUGAAGCAAUGAUAUAUUUGGUAUCUAAUCAAGUCAUUCAUGGUGAUUUAGCAUGUCGAAAUGUUCUUGUAUUUCAUUUUGACUCAAAUAAUCCAGACAAGAAUGUUGUAAAACUUACUGAUUUUGGUCUCAGUCGUGCUAGUCAAUUGUUUUCAGUAUUACCUAGUAACGCACGAACACAACUGGACAUAGUUCCUGUUCGAUAUGCUGCACCUGAAAUAUUAUUAGAUAGCACACAACCUGAUCACUAUACAGAAAAAUCUGAUGUAUAUUCGAUGGGUGUAUUGAUGUGGGAAGCAUAUUCACGAUCUACAUUACCAUGGGCUAAUGUGGAAAAAGAUGAGGACGUUAUUCAGCUAGUGACAAUGGGCGAUGUUCUACAUCAACCGUCAAAUUGCAGUCAACCAUAUUGGGCUAUCAUUAACAAAACCUGGGCCAAAUUACCAAGUGAUAGGCCAACUUUCAAUGAAUUGAAGCGACUUCUUACCGAGCAGUAUUAUCGUUCAGAUAAUUUCUUGAAUAAUGGUGUUCCUAAAUGGAGACAUACAGCACCAGGAAUUUGCCUGGAAGGACCAUGUAUCAAUGAAUAUUGUGAAGCUUACAAUCAAGGAAACGUGGUUAUCUGUAUUGGAAUGAAAAAAUUCGACGUAGCGAUAGAUUCUGAUGAAUCAACCACUAAAUGCCCCUUGUGUUCUAUGUAUGUUGAACCGAAGAUUUGUGCAUUUAAUAAUUGCUCUUGGCGUUGGUCAGGCAUUCAACAAUUGCUCAAUAAGCCUCCCUUGCGAUGUUCUGGUGAUUGGAAAAUAGUUAGAAACGAAUAUCAUCAAUUUAAUGACACUACAAAUGAAACAAUUAGAUGGCGUCAAUUAGUCUUGGAAGCUAAACCUUUGUAA